GGCAUCGGCGGUUUUGCUCGUAGUUGGUUUCCUGGACCCUUGGUGAACCCGGAUCAAGAGCUCGUGAGAGAAAUACGCUUCGAUACAGGUCAUGUUCGAUAUCACGUCACGCGAGCCCACAUCGCUUCAUCACAGGGGCCAGGUUGCUCCCUUCAGCUGCUGAAUUUCCCCUCUUCGACUUCGCUUUCUUUCCGACAUCAUUGUCUCACGGCCUCGAGAUUUUCUGACUCGCCUUCCUUCCUGGGAGGAAUCUGACGCCCGUUUCUGUUGAUCGUGGAUAUCUGAGGAAAUUAGAGGCAAAUCGUAAUGGCGUUUCUUUACCACCGCCACCUCCUCCUCCUCCUCCUCCACCUCCUCCUCCUCCUGCUCACCCCUGCGCACGUGGCAGCCAGCGGCGGAGUGACGUUCCAGGCGAUUCUGGAGGAGGCACGUGGCAGCAACGGAUUGGCCAUGGUUCUUGGGUUAAGGCGAGCCUUGCAUGAAAUUCCCGAGCUCAUGUUCCGCGAAUUCCGGACGAGCGCCAUGGUGCAGGAGACGCUGGCGUCGUUGGGAAUACCGUUCCAGCCCAACUUCGCAGGAACCACGGGUGUUGUGGCAACGAUUGGAACGGGGGCAGAACCUAUAGUGGCUCUAAGGGCGGAUAUGGACGCUCUACCCAUUAUGGAGGAGACGGAUGUGCCGUUCAAGUCGCGCCAUCCUGGCAAGAUGCAUGCAUGCGGCCAUGACGCCCACACCGCCAUGCUGCUCGCUGCUGCCCGGAUCCUGCAGGAGCGCGCUCGGGCAGGCACCUUGGCCGGCACGGUUCGUCUUAUUUUCCAGCCAGCAGAGGAGGGGGGAGCAGGGGGAAAGAGGAUGGUGGAUGGGGGGGCUUUAAGGGGCGUGUCUGCUGCCUUUGCGCUGCAUGUAUCGCCCAAGAUCCCAGCGGGCUAUGUAGGCAGUCGCCCCGGCAUGCUGCUAGCGGGGUCGGGUCGGUUCAACGCCACGGUGUGGGGCAAAGGGGGGCAUGCCGCCAUGCCUCAAUUCACAGCAGAUCCUAUCCUUGCUGCCGCGCAUGUUGUUUCGAGCCUCCAGGCCAUAGUAUCGCGGGAAACUGACCCUUUCGCUUCUCGGGUUGUCUCCGUGACUCAAUUCCACGGCGGCUCGGCCGACAAUGUCAUCCCGGAUACUGUCACGCUCCGAGGCACCUACAGAGCCACCACUAAGGAGGGGCUCGCUGACCUGGAACGGCGCAUUGCUGACAUCAUCGACGCGCAGGCGCGUGUGUUUGGAUGUAGGGGAAGCGUGGAUUAUGGCAUGAUGGAUACUGUGCAAGCUGCUGCUGCUGAUGAUACUGAUACUGGUGCUGCUGCUAGUGAUGGUGGUGCUAGUGGUGGUGCUGCUAGUGGUGAUGCUGGGGUGUCGGAAAGCUCUGCUGCAGCAGAAGCAGCAGAAGCAGGAGGUUUCUGUUCAAGCACUGGUGGCGGGACGGCUGAAGGCACUUGCAGUGCUAGCAGCACUGGCAGUACCGGCAGCAGCAGCAGCAGCAGCAGCAGCAGCAGCAGUGGUCACAUUGAAUCGUCAGCAGCUGAGGUUCCUCCUCUUUCCGAACCUCCUGCCGAACCUCUUGCCGACCCUCUCGGAUACGACUGGCCACCCACGCGCAUCCCAGCCUACCCCCCCACCGUCAAUGACGUCAGCAUGCACGCCCUCGGCCGCGACGUGGUCCAGAAGCUUCUGGGAAGCUCCGCGUACCUGGAGGUAGACCCGUGGAUGGCUGGGGAAGACUUCUCGUUCUACCAGGAGGCUGUUCCGGGCGCCAUGUUCUUUCUAGGAGUGGGGGCGUCUGGUGAGAAUAAGUCUGGUGAUAAUAACACCAGCAGCAGCAGCAGCAGCAGCAGCAGCCCUCCCCUCCACUCCCCCGUGUUCACCAUAAAUGAGGAUGCCCUUCCGAUCGGUGUGGCGCUGCACGUGGGGUUCGUGGAGGGCUUUUUUCUGGAGAAGAGGGCACAGGCAUAGGGACAUGUGCUGGUUCCUGGAGGUAGAUCAGUGGAUGGCUGGGGAGGUCUUUUCGGGCUUAGAGAUGCAGGCGCAGGGGCAGGGACAGGGACAGGCGCAGACGUAGAGGGAGGCUUGUGAGUCGCUCCUCCCUUCGGUGCGGCUCUGCAUGUGGGGUUUGUGCCCCUACCCUCUUUGUUUUUCAGUCGACGCGAAUGCAAACCUUGCCCUCAUGGUCUACCUGUGUCUACCAACUGCUUUCUGUAUGAGCGUACCCAAGCACACUUCGUGGUGCAUAUGGGUGUAUGGUCAUAAGUAGAAGAUUGUCACAAAGAUGUGUAUGUGUGACAGCCUAAUAUAUUUUGUAGUAGAUGUGUCAACUUUCCUGGAUUAGUCACUG